UGUCACUCGUGGUCGACUCGUAUUGGUUUAUUUCAUAUUGACACCGGCAAAAUGAAAGCUACAUACAUGUUAUCGGCGUUGUCUAUUCUGGUUCUGGUCAUCUUCGUCAAUGCUGCAGACGAGGAACAGAAAGAAAAGAAACUUGACCCUGAAACACUCGAUUAUGCAAAAGGAUCUGUGUGUGGUUAUUGUGAAUACUGCCAGUUUUGUAAGCUCUGUGAAUCCGACUGCCCAUGUGAAACGAGUGCCUCCAAGCCUAACUGUAAAAUGUGCAAGUACUGUAAAUUCUGCUACCUAUGCUCGGCAGUAUGUGAUACAGUAUGUCAACCAGGUGGCGUUUUAGACACUGUGUCGUCAGCUAUAGUAAGUGCUCUUCCUAUCCACAACAAGGAAGAGAUAGACAAGGAUUUAGACACAGUACAGGACUGGAUGCAGAAGGAGAAGAAAGAUGAGUUGUAACAAUGUCAUCGCCUAGGAAACCAUUCCCUCACUGUGUUAGAGUGCUGCCCUUUUACCUCAGUGUUCACCUUGACCUUUCACCUGUGAUCAUUGAACCAGAAUGAAUGUUUGGGUGGUCAAUUAAUGAUUAAAGUAUGACAAUGACCAUGAUUGAUAGUAAUCACAACUAUGAUAGAAAAUGUUCCUCAUAGUCAAUCAGAUAUUAAUGAGAUGUAAUUAUUCUUUAAUUACGUAAUUUAUUAGAUUCAUUUGGAGUGGCUGAGGUUCCAUUUUAUCAAAAAGGGCGAAAGCAAAUAUUGUUCACACUGAAAAGUGCUUUUUUUCAUGCUCAAGAAUAUCAAUUUAUAAUUUUUCUUAUAGGGGUUAUGAGCCGUAAGAAUUGCAAUAACAUCAGGAUCAUAGUUCAAAAUAAACUGUUGGUUCUUGGAUACGUAGAUGAGAAAAUCAUUAUUUUUUUUUGAACUUUAUAUAUCAAUAUCAGAGUUUUUCUACUCAAGUUCUAGUAAGCCCUUUGGAUGGAGAUUGGCAUUUACUGAUGUCUUUUUGAAAAUUCAAAACAUUGAAUGCAUGAGAUGUAAUGUUAGUUUAACAUUUUAAUUGUUAAGGACAUUUCUGGACAUAGGGUCGAAAAAGGAAGUUGCCCAAUGUGGUCAAGGCUCAAUAUAUACAAUAUAUGAUGGUUGAGGAUCUUUUAAUGAAUCUGCUGUUAUACAAGCCCAUGGACCUCUUUUUGUCGGUACAGAAUCUUUCAUCUUUGGUAGUUAAUGUAAAGAAGCAUCGACUUGCCAUUAGUAUUAUACUGUUGUGUGAAUGUAUCCGGAGUAAAUAGUAUUAUACUUAUCUGAAUGUUGUGUGGUGCAGUGGUAUACUUGUGAGAACUGUAAUGUUUAACAACCUAAGAUGUUUUCAUAUUUGUCAUACUCAUAAUAAGAUUCUUCCAUUUAGAUAUAGGAUUUGUUUUUUACCUUCCACCCUGAAACUGAUCUGUUUUGGAAAAAUAAUGUUCCGGUCAGAAUUUGAUAUUUGAGAAACAAGAUACUUGAUGCAUUAUUUGGAAAUGUUUUGUCCUGUCUGAACAAGGAAUGUUUUCGGAGCAUUCCCUCAUGUUAAUCAUUACCUUGAUAUUGAUUUACAUAUAGACCCAGGUAUCCAUCGUUGUUUGAUUUCUCUGCUCAGUAGUCUUCCUUCCUGAAAUUGAUACAUUGUUUUUACUCGUGUACCAGUGUUUGCAUUUCUUAUAUUUGAAUAAAAGACUUGCAUAUUUUAGGAAUGAACAUGAGAUUUUCCAAUAUUGGAUUGGACUUUGUGGCAAAAACUAAAAAUAUUAAUUAACCAUGUAAUUCAAGUUUCAAUACUCUUACCCAUGGAUCCUUCUUGUGAUUGUUCAGGAAAUAAUUCUUUGGAAAAGGACUUUUUUUAUGGAUUUCUGUUUAACUGUUUCGAAAUUCCAGGGGGAGGGGGUCGUGCUUUCAUAUAUUUUUGGCACCCCUGGAAUAUGUCAUGAUGAAAUCAAAGGCUCUGUAAGUCCCACUUUGUGGAUGAUAAAAGAAACUCACCGCAACAUAACAGAAGAAUUGAUUGGCUUUGAAAUUGGGUGUCAAUUCUCCGAAAUGUUUAAAAGACAUGAAUCAGCUUAUAGAGAUUUGUCAGUUUUUUUUACCUGAAACCAACGAAUAGCCAGCCACCGGUCUUCAAUUUUGUCGUUACAUAUUCAAGAAAAAACCCUGAAAUUUAAGAAUACUGUAUAUCUGACUGAGAGAAGUGACGAGCAUCUGUGUAUAGAAAAUGAGAAUAUUGUUAUUAAGCAUACACAUGUACACGUAUAUUUAAGCAGGAAUUUUUUAAUUGUUUUUUUUGUCAAUUUGCCUUUUUUUUUUUUCAUUGCUUUUAUACCAACACUUUACACUUCAGUGUUAGUGAUUGUCAUUGUAAACUGUCAUUAUAUUACCCUCGUUGUAAAGAACUUUUACAAAAUAUCCUGAGAUUGUAUUAUUUUGAUAGUCAUUUGUAUUGUAAGGUCAGGCGGAAUUGGACAUGAAUAUAUUACAUGGUAAUAAGUGGACCAAAUCAGUAACAUAUAUCAAUCAUAUAACAUACGAACAUUGAACAUUUCUUUCCCACUUGAUUCACGAGGUGCAGUCUUUCUUAAUUGGAUUUUAGAAGAAGAAAGAAAUUCAUGAUCAAACUGUUUUACAUGUAUGUAUGGGAAUUUCCAUUGACUCUAUCAAAUGUAAAUAGAUUCAGGCACAAUGUUUGAUUUCAAUACAUUUGAAAAUAUCGGGUAACAAAUAGAAAAGAAAAAAAAGAAAAGAAAAAAAAAAUCGCCAAAAAACUGAAAUAAACAACAAUGAAAAAAAGGUUGAAAGUACUGUUUUAGUCUGGAAGAAAAACUUGCCUCCUCAUAAAAAUUUUGCCGCAGUGAUUAUGAAUGAACAAAAGAAACACUAUGAUCAAAUUUAAAUGUAAACAUUUUUUAUAAAAUCUUGUGCAGUUUGGAAGCUGAAUGAGACAAAGGUAAAGGGAACAAUGAUCAUUACCAUUGUGGCUUCCAUGAAAUAUAUUUCUUUUUCUACAAAAGUGUUCCAUAUAAAUCACAUCUUGUGAUGCACUUUACAGAACUACAGUUGUUGAAAAUUUAGAGAUACAGAUAAGAAUACAUUGAUAAGGGAAAUAACUCCUUUGUUGUUUCAUAUCCCAUGUGAAAGGGAGACUACUCAAAGUCUGAAAAUAAGUCAAAAGUGGAACUCUUCUUUGUGAUUAAAAAUGAUGCAGUAGUAUACUGUACCUGAACGUUUGAUCACGUAACAGGGAACAGACAUCUAUUGAUAUCAAAAUUCUUUACAAUGUAAUUCUGUUUAAUCUUGGAAUCUUCAGUAAUGAUGUUGCACUCAUUCACCCCUGAAAUUUCAUGAUGAACUAUUCCAGCCUUUGAAUUGGAGGAGUUCAAAUGGAUUUUCAGGGGUGAAUGAGUUAGUAAGUAUCUUUUUAACCUUUCCACACCUCAGUUCUGUAAUGAAUGAGUGCUAUCUAUGCUGAGCGACCCUACCGUUAUGUUAUGUAGCUUCAGGCUCUACAUCAGUAACAUUUAUUCUGAUGCAAGGGUUAGUCUGAAAUUAUAGAAUUACAUCCCAACGAAGUUUUAACCAUACAGCAUUGAGAAUGUGUACAAUCAAAACUGAUGUAGUUUUGUUUCAGUAUGAUAGAUUUUUUUUUUUUAUCUUUUACAAGAAUUCUUUUGAUUUCUAACCCAAAUUACACGAAGGAAAGAUACCAGAACAUUCCAUUACUUUUAAUCAUUCAAUUAAACAUCUAUUUAUUUCACGAAUGUAUUACCAAAUAUUGUAAUUUCAUACUUUUGUUGAUUUAUUUUGCACAUGAACUACAAAUCAAGAAAUUAAAAGUUUUUUUCCCCAAA